AUGCCUGAUGAGGAUCCUAAUGUUAUGGAGGCUGAAUUGGAACGCAAAGAAAGCCUUAAAAAAGCUGAAGAAGAGAAGGUUUUCGUUGAUCCAGAAAAGUUUGAUGAUAUACCAAAUGAGAUUAAAGAGCUGCCGACAGUUAAUGAAGAAGAUGAGCAGGAUGCCGCCCAUUGUUUAAAGAAUUUGGAGGCCCUUCUAGGUGAUGCAAAAAGAAAACAUGAUAGAGACAGGCACAAGAAAAAAUCUCGUCGCAGCCGAAGUCAUAGUGCUUCGGAUAAAAGAUCUCGCAGGCGCUCAAGAUCACCUAGACGCAGACGAUCACGAAGUCCUCACCGCUCUAACAGUCCAGACCGGCGGGAUGUGGAUAAGUAUGGCAAUCCGAAUCGUGCUGCUAGAGGUGACAAUCGUCACCAUCGAAGUAAUGAAGACGAACGAGGGAGACAGACACGCCGUAAGGAACUUCCUCUUGAACCACUUGUUGGCGAUAUUUAUCAAGGCCGGAUAACAAAUAUCCUGGCGUUUGGUGCAGUCGUUCAGAUUGAAGGACUACGAAAGAGGUGGGAAGGCCUUGUACAUGUAUCACAGCUUCGUCGGGAGGGCAGGGUUGCCAACGUAGCUGAUGUCGUUCAACGUGGGCAGAAGGUAUGA